AGUCCCCCACGCCGGUCCCCAGGCCGGGGCAAGUCCCUUUCUCUCUGAACCACAGUUUCCCCUCUGAGGAACGGGGGAGAGGCGCCGUUGCCGAGUGUGGUGCUUGAGUGCAGACGUGGCUGGUGGCAGGCAGCAUGACGAGCGAGGUGAUCGAAGAUGAGAAGCAGUUCUAUUCGAAGGCCAAGACGUACUGGAAGCACAUCCCGGCCACAGUGGACGGCAUGCUUGGGGGGUACGGCCACAUCUCCAGCAUCGACAUCAGCAGCUCCCGGAAGUUCCUGCAGAGGUUUCUGAGGGAAGGCCCGAACAAGACAGGAACUUCCUGUGCCCUGGACUGUGGAGCUGGCAUUGGCAGGAUCACCAAGCGGCUGCUGCUGCCACUCUUCAGAGUGGUGGACAUGGUUGACAUGACAGAGGACUUUCUGGUUAAAGCCAAGACCUACCUGGGGGAGGAGGGCAAGAGGGUGAGGAACUACUACUGUUGUGGUCUCCAGGACUUCAGCCCGGAGCCGGACUCUUACGACGUGAUCUGGAUCCAGUGGGUGAUAGGCCACCUAACUGAUCAGCACCUGGCUGAGUUCCUGCGGCGCUGCAAAGGGGGUCUCCGUCCCAAUGGCAUCAUCGUCAUCAAAGACAACAUGGCCCAGGAAGGUGUGAUCCUGGACGAUGUAGACAGCAGCGUGUGCCGGGACCUCGAGGUGGUCCGCAGGAUCAUCCGCAGCGCAGGCCUCAGCCUCCUGGCCGAGGAGAGGCAGGAGAACCUCCCUGAUGAGAUCUACCACGUCUACAGCUUUGCCCUGAGAUGAGCCAGGGCUGUCAGAAGAAACUGAGGGACCAGAGCUGGGGUGGGGGGAGCCAGCAGUUUACGAGAUCCAGGCUCCACGUUGAUGGUUUGGGAGUGUUGAGAGGUCACUAAAUAUACCUGUUCACUCACUA